AUGACGCUUUGCAACCCCGUUAAGGAUCUUUCCGCGUACAACACCGGGCUUUUCACUAACUUUUGGAAAUAUUUUAAUAAUAUAGGAGUAGAAGGAAUAAAUGAAAAUGAAACGAAUCAAGAUAAGGAAGAUGGUGGUGAUAAUCGUUCAGCGAAAUUACCAAAACUCAUGUCAUCUGUUGAGAUAGGAAAAGAGCUUGAAGAACUAAUAGUUGCUAUUUUGGAGAGUUUGAAUGUUGAGAAAGGAGGUCGUGGUGACAAAGGGAAAGAUAUAUCCCAUUGUUAUUUAAUGAACUUGAGAAGUAAAAAAAAAGGUCCUUCUGUCUUCCGAGAGUUGGAUGAGAUGCUCUCCUCUUCGAAAGAUAGUUUUUUCGUGAAGGCAAAAGGGACUGCUGUCGUCCGGGAAAUGGAUGGUGUGCUGUCGAAAGGAUCAUGGCCGACAAACGGUGUCGUGGUGGGUUUAUCCAAGGACGCAUUCACUUGUGGCGCGGUAAAAGCGGCCAAAUAA